AUGACUAAAUAUAUUGUUGUCUCUGGUGGCGUCAUUUCUGGUAUUGGUAAAGGUGUUAUUGCAUCCAGUACUGGUACUCUCUUGAAGACAUUGGGUCUUCGUGUAACAGCCAUCAAGAUUGAUCCUUACCUCAAUAUUGAUGCUGGUUUGAUGAGUCCUUUAGAUCAUGGUGAGGUCUUUGUAUUGAAUGACGGUGGCGAAGUCGAUUUAGACUUGGGCAACUAUGAACGUUUCCUUGAUGUCGAAUUAAGCCGUAUCAACAACAUCACGACAGGUAAAAUCUAUAGUGAAGUCAUUGAAAAAGAACGCAAAGGCGAUUAUCUCGGCAAGACUGUUCAAGUCGUCCCCCACAUUACGGAUGCUAUCCAAAGCUGGGUCGAACGUGUUGCAGAUUUACCUGUUGACGAUUCUGGAGAAAAGCCUGAUGUAUGUAUUAUCGAAUUGGGUGGUACUGUCGGUGAUAUUGAAUCUGCUCCCUUUGUCGAAGCCAUGCGUCAGUUCCAAUUCCGUGUCGGUCAUGAAAACUUUUGUUUGAUCCAUGUGUCCUUGGUCCCUGUUGUCGGUUCCGUUGGCGAGCAAAAGACAAAGCCAACUCAAAUGAGCGUUCGUGAUCUCCGAGGUGCUGGUCUCUCUCCUGACUUGAUUGCCUGUCGUUCCUCCAAGCCCUUGGAUGCUAGUGUUGCCUCCAAGAUCUCCAUGUUUUGUCACGUUGCUCCUGAACAAGUCUUGGCUGUUCAUGAUGUAUCCUCUGUUUACCAUGUCCCUAUUUUGAUGCGUGAAAAAGGUGUCAUCGACUUCUUCCGUCGUCGCCUCAACUUGGAUUCCAUCAAGAUUCCCGAUGAUCAACGUUUAGCCGGUGAAGAAUUAUGGAAGAAGUGGACCACCUUGGCUGGCAGCUAUGAACAUCUUCAUGAAAAGGUCACUAUUGCUCUUGUCGGUAAAUAUACCGAUCUUCAUGACUCUUACAUCUCCGUCUACAAGGCACUCGAACAUGCCGCACUUGCAUGCAAGCGUAAAUUGAUCAUCAAGUGGAUCGAAGCUACUGAUCUGGAAUCAGAAACACUCAAGACCGAUCCUAUCAAGUUCCAUGAAUCCUGGCAAAAUCUCUGCUCUGCUGAUGGUAUCCUCGUUCCUGGUGGAUUCGGUAACCGUGGUAUCGAAGGUAUGAUCAUGGCUGCCAAAUGGGCUCGUGAAAACAAGAUCCCUUACUUGGGUAUCUGUUUGGGUAUGCAAAUCGCUGUUAUUGAAUUUGCCCGUCAUGUCUGUGGCAUGGCCGACGCUGAAUCUGCUGAAAUGAACCCUGAUACAACCACACCUGUUGUUGUCUACAUGCCCGAAAUCUCCAAGACUCAUAUGGGUGGUACCAUGCGUCUUGGUCUCCGUCCUACUGUCUUCCAAGAAGGCACAGAAAACUCUCGUGUUCGUAAAUUAUACGACAAUAAGCCCGCUGUGGACGAACGCCACCGUCAUCGUUAUGAAGUCAAUCCUGAACAUGUCGCCAAGUUUGAAGCUGCUGGCCUUAGAUUUGUCGGUAAGGACGAAACUGGUCAGCGUAUGGAAAUUGUCGAAAUGGAGAAUCAUCCUUACUUUGUUGGCUGUCAGUACCACCCCGAAUACCUCACUCGUCCUUUGAAACCUGCUCCUCUCUUCCUUGGUCUCCUCUUGGCUGCAACUGGCCAACUUGAUGCCGCUUUGUAA